GCUUCGUGCAUCGAGGAGGGCGUCCUACUCUCCGGGAGACCCUGCGGUGCACGGGGAGGGGGGGGCUUUCCCGGUCCAUUUUUAGGGGCGGAGGAAUCUCCCCCCACCCCUAAAAAGCAAGCGGGACUUCUGAGCCAGGAAGCCAAUCGGUGACACCCUUACAAAGUGAUUGGAAGGGGGGGGGGGGGAGAGAUGCACCUGUUGAAUGUCCACCUCGUGGGUCGCAGUGAAAGUCUCCCUGCUGGGGGCGGAAGCGGCAUCGGCCGCGCCGUCUGCGCUCGCCUGGCCCGGGAAGGGGCGCUGGUGGCCGUGGCCGACUGCAACGAGGCCGGCGCGGCCGAGACCCUGCGGGGGCUGCCGGCAGGAGACCACCAGGCCUGGGGGGUCGACGUGGGCUGCUCCGAGGGCGUGGCGGGGCUCGUGGGGCGCGUCCAGACCCACUACUCCCGCCCAGCCACCAUCUGCGUAAACUGUGCCGGCAUCACCACGGACGAAUUCCUCCUCAAGCAGACGGAAGAGGCCUUUGAUGCCGUCCUCAGGGUGAAUCUCAAGGGGACGUUCUUGGUGACCCAGGCCGUGGCCCAAGCACUGGUAGCAAGCGGAGCACCCGGGGGCUCCAUCAUCAACAUGGGCAGCAUCGUGGGGAAGGUGGGGAACCUGGGGCAGGUGAACUACGCCGCCUCCAAGGCCGGGGUGGAGGCUCUGACCAAGACAGCGGCCAAGGAGCUGGCCAGGUACGGGAUUCGCUGCAACACAGUCCUCCCCGGUUUCGUCCGCUCCCCCAUGACCGAUAAAGUACCCCAGAAAGUGCUGGACAAGUUUGCAGCAAUGGUGCCUCUGGGACGUCUGGGGGAGCCUGAAGACGUGGCCGAUGUCUGUGCUUUCCUGGCCUCCGAUGAGAGCAGGUACAUCACUGGAGCCAGCGUGGAGGUAACAGGGGGUCUUUUCAUCUGACACGUGCAUUUCUGGAGCCCCCACACACACACCCUCCUGAGUUGACACUCCCGGAGCCCCCCAAGAGAGGCCGUGGGCACAGCUGGAACUCGUGGCAGAAGCCGGCCUCCUGGGCUCCCAGCUGGGGGGCUGCCAAGAAAGUUGCCAGAAGAGAUCAGCUCCUGGCCAGGAUGUCCGUUGCCACCCGGGGGGGGGGGGAUCUGCCCUCCACCCCCGCCUUGAAUCGCUGAUCCGGAUGUGGUGAUUGAUGAAUGUCCUUGAUUGACUGAUGGUAGAACUUUAAAUAAAUGAGCAUUUGCAACCUC